UCUUCGGUGCCGUUGAUUAACCAGACAUAUAAAUACGUAACAAUACAACAAAACAUUGAAAACAAAAGAAAAUUGAAUGAGAAACAUAAGCGAGAGACGAAAAAACGUACGGAUCACGGUUCAAAAGACUAAGAAAAGAUAUAAUCUUCUUUGCAACAAAAAAAGCAAUGCAGCUCGAAAAUUAUAAAAGAAAACAAAACAGACACAAUCUCAAAAUUGAGAAGUGAGACCUAACACGAAUAACAUAGGCCUAGGAAGCAAAUACAAAGUGAAUUGUAACAAUGGAAUGAACAAAGUAAGAUCUUCAAAUUUGUGCAGCCGAAUAACAAAACUACAUUUUCAUCACGAAAAUUGUGUGACUAAAUGCAGUUCACCAUAAUUUGUUACAAUCAACACAUAGUCUACGGUGAUUUGGUGUUCAUUGUGUGCCAAUUCACUCAAAUGUGGUAGCUGUUGGCGUGACUUAAUGCCCAAAACGAAUGCAAUUGAGAGACAGAAAGCGUAUAUGCGCGAAAUACAAAAACAAAUGCACUCGCCAAAAAUUACGUAAAAUCGAAGAAAAAGAGUUGAAAUUGAAAUAAACGAAAAAAAAAUAGAAACAAAGUUAACAAUAAGAGUGUGCAUAUUAGCACAUUCAUGCGAUAUCGUCUACAAAAAAAACCGAUCGAUCGGAAUAGAGCGGGAAUAAAUGCAUAGGCGCAAAAAGACAAAAUUCAAUCAAAUUAUUGCAUAAAAUGAACGUUUGUUUGAAAUGCAAAAAUUUAUUCUGCACUUCUCAGAAAAAAUCGUCAGAAAAUCCACGAAAAAAUUAACUACAUCAAGAAAAGAGAGAUACGGAGAGCGGUGCAUAUAUACAAAACUAGACUUGCUUCAAUUUAUAUGCGUGCAAAUGCACACGAUCAAGACAGAAAGCGAACAAUUUCCAAGGAAAAACCAUUUACGAGAUAUCGACGACGUGCAAUAUCGUAUUGUUAUUACGAAUUGUUGCCCCGAAGCAAAUGUAAAAUAGAUAAUCGUAACAUUCAAACUGGUGGUAAAUGUAUUCAAUUGAACUGUAUUUAAACUCUGAUUGUAUAUCGCAACAAAUUUACAAUCUAUCACGAUUUUUUGAAGGAAACUCACACAUACACACCAAACCAGAGAGGUGAGAGAAUUGCAUGGUUUGAGGCGUGUGCACCAUUAAAUGCACAUUAACAUUCAAACAAUACCAGUGUUGUGCUGAAAAAAUCACAUCCGAAAAAAGAAAAGGGCAAACGAGACAAAAAUGUCUUCGACUAAACAGCCGGUGGUAUGGUGUUCGGAUCCAAAUUCAACGAAUCAAAAGCCAACUGCAUUUGCAUUGCAAGGCAUUCAAUUUGAAGGAAUGAUCACCGAACAACAUGUUCUAGCUUUGCGCGAAUUGAUUAAUGCAGCAGCUGAAGGUCGUUUACUUUUACCCAGUAAUGGUGCCAUUGUUUUACUCGAUUCUGGCAUCGAUGUAAAUAGCAAUAGCAACGGGCAACAACAAAUGCCAACCACAGAGAUACAACAAUCGAAUAAUAUGAGCAACGACCCGUCGACAUCGUUGCUGUCGUCGUCAUCGUUAAUGACGACAUCAUUGACAUCAGCUGUACAAACAGCUGACACAGCAUUAAAUGUCCAGUCGAAUGAACAAACCGCAACAACGUUAAGUGUUCCGAUUGAUAUUGAUACAUGUGAUGCAAAUGAUUCAAAAGAAAGCGACAAAUCAAAGGAAUUUAAUCAAGUAACAAUGGUGACAACAUCAAAAUCGACCACCGACACCAAUGUCAUUCAACUUGAGCCAAAAUAUUCCGAAUUUCAAAUGCCAGAGCUUAGCAAAUAUGAUUUUAUUUAUGAAUUUUUAUGCUGUGCCAAAUGCAUAAACAACGAAUCAACCACACAAAAAUCAACAACACAUACCGAUAAAAAACAAUCAUGUCAACGAAAUGCCAUUAAUUGUGCUCAUAAACAUGGAUUAAUAUUUAAUGUUGAAAAGAAUAUGUGCCAUUUAACUGUCAAUAGCAACAGCACAACACCCGUUCCAAUUUAUGCAAAAGUCAAUACAAAACUGAGAAAACGAAACAUAUUUGCUUGUCAAAAUCAAUGUGCUAACGAGCACAUUGAUGUGGCGUCCCAGGUGAAUGUGAGAGAGAAAGAGGUGAAUAAAGAGUGGGACGAAUCAAACGAUAAAAACGAUAAAAAUAAUGACAUUUGUGGUAUUAAACCAAAAUGUAGUAGUUACAAUGAUGAAACUGUGAUGAAACAAUUGACCAGCGAUGAUGAAAUUCAACUAAAUUCAAAUUUGAAUGUUGUUAACAAUGAUUUAUCCGAUACGGAUGCCAAUAAUUCCGUUCAAUUGCGAGCAACAAGUAGUAAAAAUUCGAGUCGAAAAACAAGCUUGGACUCAUCGUGUACGAUUGGUUCAAUGGAUUCGGGAUUCAUUGAAAUGCAAAAUAAAUUGGAAUUGAGCGCAAGAGAAGCAAUUCAAAAUGCGGCCGCAAUCGAACUGGCAACGCAGUCAACAAACGAGAAUUUGCUACUGCCAACGAUAACUGUGACGGGCGAUGAAGAAAUUGCAGCGGAAGACAUUGAAUCGAUAACAACAACAACAACAACGACGACGACGGCAACAAAUCAGCUUGAAUCAUGCAUCAAUAAGGACAAUAUUCUAUUGAAAGAAUGUUCGACACAAUCGCGUAAUCGUAGAAAAUCUUACGAAGAAUUCAAAGCAAUUUAUCAUAAUCGAAUGACACUAGAAAGCGAUUUGCCAUUUGUUCAAGAACAUGAAAGCACACUGCCCGUUUGUAAUCAAAAGGAGAAAAUCAAAGCACGAAGAAAAUCUUAUGAAGAAUUUAAGGCUUUAGUACGUGGAUGCGGCGGUGACGAAGGUGUUAACGAAUCAAAACGUAAAAAGUCCAAACAACAUGGUAAAUCGGGCAGUAAAACAUUAACUACAAUGGAUGAAAAUUUAAUGGCCUAUUUAAAUGAGAAAAAUUCGACUGCGACCACACAAACGGACAAAAAUUCAACAAAUGCAAAUAAAUGCGAUGUACUAGCCACGACACGUAGUACCAACGCCACCGCCGCCACCGCUAAUGCGACAAGCACAAACACCAAAAGCAAAAAUGAUAUUUAUAAAACGAAUUUUAAAAUUUACGAUAAACUCAUUUCAUACGGAACGAUUUAUGAUAUUAUGCAAAAGAAAACGGAUAUUUAUAAAGCGUAUCGAAAGUAUGAUGCGUACAUGACUUAUGGUACAAUUUAUGAGAUUUUACAACGAAAAUCGGACGAUAAUGAACUGUUUCGUCGGACACGUGCCACUUCCGAGAAAUUCAUAAAUAAACGCAUAAGCGGCAAUAAGUCCAUAAAUUCAAGUGAUAGACAAACAACAACAGCGACCGCAAGUACAAUGGCGGCGUCAACAUCAAUUGAUAGUGUAAAUAAAGUAGACGAUAAAAGUCGUUCAUUGAACUUUGGCGCAAUUUAUGAUAUUAUACAGCGAAAACAUCGACAAUCAAAAAAAUCCAAUUCAUUGCCGAAUGGUGUGAUUGGUGCUAUUGAAAUGAAAAAAAUGUCCGAUAGCGAUGCGACACGUAAAAGUCGAGCCAGUGACGGAUGCAUUUAUGACAUAAUUCAAUCGAAACAAUGUGAUUUAACCAAAAUUUUAACACCACCAGCAACGGUCACGGUUCAAUGCAAUUCACCGCAACCUCAACCAAAUUUGAUAAAAAAUCGAUUUUUUGUGGAAAAAGUUAAUGAAAAUGAAUUAUCGCACACAAAGUCUAGCGAUAGCAUUCAAACAACCGGUUGUUCAUCGGCAACGACAUCAAUUGGUGACGAAUCGAAGGGAAAUACCUACACCGAAUUGCCGAACGAUGCGAUAUCACCUCACAUUACGUCAUCAUCAUUUCUUUCAAAAUGGAACAACAGUCCAAGGUUGAGCAAAGUGAAAAAGUCAAAUCGAAUGCGACGCUUUUCACAUAUACUCUCCUAUACACACCGUACACAAACCGAUACAAAUGCUACCGAUGCUGCGGCUGCUGUUGAUGCUACUGAUGAUGAUGCUGCUGCUGCUGCUGCUUCUGCGGUUGAUAUUACAAAAACACACAAAAUUCCACAUUGCAUUGAUUCUUUACCGCAAACAAUAAAUGAAAAUACAGCAACAACCGACAACGAUGAAACAUCGUACGGUGCAGCAAACAAUCGAUAUGAACAACAAAUUUCAAACCAUCGAAAAGAGGUGCGAGUGAGAAAAUUGAAUAAAUUGCGUAAAAUGUCAUCGCCAUUGCCAUUGCCAUUAUCUCAAUGUGAUCAACCACCGAAAAUUGUGCCGCGUAAACAAUCCGCACCAGCACCACCACCAUUGCCGCCAUCAAUGCAUUUGCAAACGCAACAAAACAGCAAUCACAAAUACAAUAGUCAUUUCAGUGGAACACACAAUGAACAUUCAAAAUGUCACAAUGAAUUCACAAAUAACGAACAUCAUACGAACUGUAAUGAUACCAAUAAUAACAGCAAUAGUAAAAAUGAGAAUAAAAACAGCAAUAAUUUGGCAAAUGAACAACAUGAUGCGCAAAUAUGCGAUAGUGAUAGCGUAAAAUAUAAAACGACGUCUGAGACUGCGACGACACAUGAUAGAAAAAUUAUAAAAAAUAACAAACUAAAAAAAUCAAGCAAAUCAAAUUUAAUCGAUAUAAAACCGAUGGUUAAACGUACCACAGUGCACAACGAUAAAAAAGCAAAGUCAAGGCGACUCAGUGAAUUCACUCGCGGUGAAUUUCUCAACGAAAAACCGUGGUAUUUCCGAAAAAUCAAACGUAUUGAAGCUGAAAAGAAGCUACUUCUUCCAGAGAAUGAACACGGCGCAUUCUUAAUUCGUGAUUCGGAAAGUCGUCACAAUGACUACUCACUUUCAGUCCGUGACGGCGACACCGUUAAACAUUAUCGCAUUCGUCAAUUGGAUGAGGGUGGAUUUUUCAUUGCACGUCGCACAACAUUCAGAACAUUACAAGAAUUGGUUGAACAUUAUUCAAAGGAUUCUGAUGGAUUGUGUGUCAAUCUGCGAUCGGCCUGUGUACAGAUCGAGAAACCAGUGACUGAAGGUUUAUCACAUCGAACCAGAGAUCAAUGGGAAAUCGAUCGUGGUUCAUUGAAAUUCGUACGCAAAUUGGGCUCAGGACAAUUCGGUGAUGUAUGGGAGGGUCUUUGGAACAAUACUACACCAGUUGCAAUCAAAACCCUGAAAUCUGGCACAAUGGAUCCAAAAGAUUUCUUAGCCGAAGCACAAAUUAUGAAGAAAUUGCGUCACCAAAAAUUGAUUCAAUUAUAUGCUGUAUGUACGGUUGAGGAGCCCAUCUAUAUUAUCACUGAAUUAAUGAAACAUGGAUCAUUGCUUGAAUACUUGCAAGGCAAAGGAAGAAACUUAAAAUUACCUCAAUUGAUUGAUAUGGCUGCACAAAUCGCUGCCGGAAUGGCAUUCUUGGAGUCACAAAAUUACAUUCAUCGUGAUUUGGCUGCCCGUAAUGUUUUGGUUGCUGAUAAUAAUAUUGUGAAAAUUGCCGAUUUCGGUUUAGCUAGAUUAAUCAAAGAAGAUGAAUAUGAGGCCAGAGUUGGUGCUCGAUUCCCGAUCAAAUGGACAGCACCAGAGGCAGCAAACUAUAGUAAAUUCUCCAUUAAAUCAGAUGUAUGGAGUUUUGGUAUUUUGCUUACUGAAUUGGUGACAUAUGGUCGCAUUCCAUAUCCAGGAAUGACCAAUGCUGAAGUGUUAAGUCAAGUGGAACACGGUUAUCGUAUGCCAUGUCCACCAAAUUGUACGCAACCCUUGUAUGAGAUAAUGCUCGAGUGUUGGAACAAAGACCCCAUGCGACGACCAACAUUCGAAACGCUACAAUGGAAACUUGAAGAUUUCUUCACAUUAGACCCAAGUGAUUAUAAAGAAGCUCAAGCGUAUUAAUUUACGUAUUAUUUAAGGCAAAUGAAAAUAAUAUAAAACAAAAAAAAAAAAAAAAAAAAAA